GUGUCAGGACGGAGCCGAGCGUUUUUCGCAGCACGGUCAGCGCUAUGGAGGGACACCGGUAGUGUAAAUAAGAAAUAUUUUAAUCACAUUUGUGCUGCUAGGCGUUGAUGGAGUUGUGCGCAGCGUGCGAGGCGAAAGCCACGCUGCUCGGACUGAAGCCGCGUGAGCCCGUUCAUCACGGAGAAAACACUAGUUUGUGCUCACAGACUGGGAGACUGAGGCAGGACUGAGAUGAGAUUUACAAACGAGUCCCUCGGUGGUAGACAAAAAGUCCAAGGGGAGCGUUUAAGGGGAACAGUUUCAUAAAGCUGCUCAUGUAAGGAGUGAGUAAGAGACCGAUAAUCACAGUGAGAGACAGAUGGACGCGUUACUCAACUUGUCGGUCAGACCAGACAUGCCACACGGCGCGGAGGGGCCGAAACUUCGCCCUGUUUGACACCCUGCCUGACUGAGACGGCUGACAGGGCCUCAUCCAUUCGACUUAGAUUUGCACCCAAAAGCCUGACCCAAAUGGAUCUACUGGAGUGUCCGAUAUGCCUGUUUCUCAUGUGCGAACCGGUGACGAUGUGUUGCGGCCACUCGUUCUGCCGGAGGUGCCUGGGCGCCUGGCUGCCGUCGAGGUGUCCAGCCUGCAAAGAGCGGCUGAAGCAGAGGGACGCGAAAACCAUCAAGAACAACGUUCUGCUCUUCAGCAUCAUCGAGAAAUGCUGCCCGGAGGAGACCAAAAUGAAGUGCCACAUACAAGAAAAGCUUAAAACAUGCGAGUUUACUGAAGCCCUGCGGAUUGCAGAGGACGGGAUAGAGACAGCUCCUGAUGAUGUUAGUUUGAAAGUGUGGAGGGCGGAAGCCAGCAUGGGGCUUCGUCGCUUCUCAGAUGCCCUCCGUGACCUGGAGGACCUGUGUAGUGCCAGGCCCAACUGGACUGAGGGAUUCUUCCGGAAAGGGAAUGUGCUGCUGGAGAUGGGAAGGAAAACCGAAGCGCUUAUCCAAUUCCACCGCUGUCUGAAGCAGCAGCCUGACUUUGCCCCUGCUAAGAACCAGGUUAAGAAGAUUUUGGAGGCAGAAGGGAUGGCUGUACCAGAAGAGGUUCCCCGGAUCUUGCAAGUUGUGGCCGAGUAUCUCAGGGACCCCAGCCCCAUUACAAGUUCUGUGGGCCCCUCUCUCGCAGAGGGGCUGCAGUGCUCCCUGAAGCAGCUGGAGGAGAGAGCUGGCUAUGAGGAGCAGACUCAGACGGCAUCUAAAGUCAAGCAGGAUGCCAGUACAGAGUGUUGUUUGAGUCUGUGCCAGGCUGUUUCCUUCCUGCCCACAGCCGAGGAUGAUGAAGAGCUGAUGAUGAGGAAGGACGAGAGACAGACGAGAGGCACAUGUAGUGUGGACCGAGAGUCAUUCCUCAGUGUCCUGGCUACGUCUGACUUUGAGUGCCCUCUUUGCAUCAGGUUGUUUCAUGAGCCGGUCACUACUCCCUGUGGCCACACAUUCUGCAAGAACUGUAUUGAAAGAAGUCUGGACCAUAAUCUUCGCUGCCCACUCUGCAAACAAUCACUGCAAGAGUAUUUCAAGAACAGGAAGUACAACCCCACAGUGCUGCUGCAGGAGAUUAUGACCCGCCUCUUCCCCCAGCAGCUGGCCGAAAGGAAACAGGUGCAUGACUCUGAGAUGGCUGAGCUCUCCAACUUGACCAAGGACAUCCCGAUAUUUGUGUGCACGGUGGCCUACCCUGGCAUCCCAUGUCCGCUGCACGUCUUUGAGCCCCGCUAUCGGCUAAUGAUGCGGCGCUGCAUGGAGACCGGCACUAAGAAGUUCGGCAUGUGCAGCUACGAGCAUGGCAAAGGGUUUGCAGAUUAUGGCUGUAUGCUGGAGAUUUUGGACCUGGACGUGCUCCCUGAUGGACGCUCAUAUGUGGACACAGUGGGGGGCAGCCGCUUCCGUGUGCUCAAAAGAGGCCAGCGGGAUGGAUACCACACUGCUGACAUUGAGUAUCUGGAAGACCACAAGGCGGAUGGUGCAGAGCUUGAAAUGCUGCAGCGUCUCCAUGACAGUGUGUAUCAGCAGGCAAGGGAGUGGUAUCACCGGCUGAACAGCCGCAUCCGUGAGCAGAUCAGCCGCCAGUAUGGAGCCAUGCCUGAGAAAGACGACAACAUCCAGGCAUCUGCUGAUGGACCAGCUUGGUGUUGGUGGCUCUUGUCAGUGCUUCAGUUAGAUCCAGCCUACCAGACAACAGUUCUGUCCCUUACCUCACUGAAGGACCGGCUAGGGCACCUGCGCAUUGUACUGGAGUACUUCUCUCAGAGCUAGGCCAAAUCCCUCUCGCCCUCAACACGCAUACGGACACACACUGUACAUCAAUCCUCUUUUUACACGUUACGUGCACGCAACUUGAAAAACAUUUGUAUUUGAAUUUAUUCACCUCACAACAGACACUUUGAUUCAUCUUGAUGCAAGAGGUAGCGUUCCUUUCCUUGCGCCACCAGAGCAAGAGUACCUGCCAUUAUUUUUCGCUUUGCCAAUGAAUAUGUACUUCAGACAUGUGGUAUGUGUUAAGUUUCCAAUUGCUAUGGAUUGGAAAAGGUUUAUUGUUGAAGAACUAUAUUUGCUUCUGUUGUUGUUUUUGACAGGCUUGUUAUGACAUGAGUUAUCAGUAUAGAUAGAAAUAGAAUUCUACUGAAGUGUAGUACCAUGGAAUUACUCAUACAGUUUCUCUUUUGAAAGAAAAGAAAAAAAAAAUUAAAAAUGAUCUGGCAGCCACACCCUUACGUCAUGCAGUACACAGAUGUUGCAUGUAGGUUUAAAAUGUACAUUUCUCAUUCUAGAAUCAGUCAAAUAUAAGAUGCCUUUUGGAAACAGGGAAUGUCCCUAUCUGCAGUUUACCUUAAGAAUUCUUACUUAUCUAAAUUCAAGAUUUCAUAUACACAAAAGGUGACAAACUUGUGUUAGUGCUACAGGCUUUUAAGAGUGAACUCUAAAUUAGGCUGCUUGUCACUGGCAGGCAUAUUAAAAUCCAUAACUGAAAAGGAGCUGAGUGCAUCAAAUGUAAUGCAUUGCUACAUAUGAUUUCAUUUACGCAGCCUCGACAAUUCCACUCAUAAUUCAAGAAGUGAUCAGAAUGCCUUUCACCUCAGACAGCAUGAGCAGAGAAAUUAAUAUUGCAAUAAUAGAUGAAUGGAAUAACCUUCAAAGCUCCUCGUCUCAGCAGAUUCUUUGUAUUUUGUAUUUCCGGUUGAGGGCUCCUCGCCAUCCUUUCUUUCCUCCUUUUCUUUUGUUCAACCUGAAUAUUAAACUGAAGGCAGGCAUGCUCGGGGAGUGAAAGAGUUUGGUGUGUGGAAUACAACAAAAGCUUAACAUGGAGAUUUUAGAUGUCCUAAGAACUGUCAGGUCGUGCUGUAAGCCUUGUUCUGUGCUAAUCAAAGCUUUCAGAAGGUCUCUGGCUUUCUCAAUGUUACUCUUAAAGGAGAUUUGUGCCUUUGGGUCUAAAGCCUUAAUCUGGUUGAGAAAGACACAAGGACGCUCUUAAGCUCCGUUAUUUUAUUUUAUUUUUUUUUAAGUGGAAUGUUUCAACUGCGAUGCUACGCGAUUUGUUAAUGGACAAAAGCUUGAAAAACUUUUUUGUUUCCUACUUUUGAAAACUGUGUGUUUGUUAUGAACGUGUUUCGACAUCAGAGUCAUUCUUGGGUUAAGAAUCACUGCUAGGCAUUCGUUUUUGUCCUCAGACAUCUUUUCUACCAGCACUGAAGCUGAUCUUUGCCAUAUCAUUUAUUUUUUAAAACACCAUGUUCAAUACAGUAAAAUACAUACUGCAUAAAUGCUAGUAUAUAUGGGCAUGGAUACAAAGAGACCAUGAGGGAGGAAACAGUUGAAGGAACUGAUCUGGCAAAGAGGCCACACUACUCUGUUAAUGUAGCUAUCUGCUUAGAGCAGUCUGGGGGUCACUCUCUAAAGAUAUUAGAUAGUAGAUAGUAAAGGGACAGUAGUUGAGCUGUGAGAAGACAUUGUUCUUUUUAAAUAAAACCAAUUGCAUCUGCACCCCAUGAUGCUGAUUGGUCCUGUCAUUUACACUGUUUGUCUUCAGGAAUGGGGAUCCCAGGGUGUCACCGCCACUUAAACAAGAAGCAAAAUCCUCCAAUGAGCCAGUCAGACAGUUGUAGGCCACACCCCAUGUUAAUAAGCAACAUAUGUAAACCAAUCAGUGCACUCCCUCAGGUUCUGAGUGCACAUAACAGGGACAAAAAAUAGGCAUGUUUAUAGUCACUUCUUUCAUAGUGUGACAUGCUAAGUCACAGCAGGGUAUCUGCAGAGGCCUAAAACCUUCGGAUUUAUGCAAUUUUACAUUGAACCCAGAUGUAGUCAAUCUGCCAGAAAAUGUUUAGUGUCCAGAUUUCCCUUCUUGAGUUUAGCGCUGCAGUUACAAAACUAACAUUGCUAACAAAUAUUACAAGUCAAUAGUCACCCAAAUCUUUUCCAUAAAUUAGGAUGUCUGUAAAAUCUUUUUUCAGGUCCCCCUCUUUUUGGGACCUGAAAAACGUGUGUAAUUUGUCUGAAAUGGCCUGGAUUCAGCUUUGCUUUCAUGUCUAUGUUUGCUUUUACAGUCUGCACCUCCCUCUUUUUUGAAAAACACAACACGUUCAAUCUACAUAAAUACAUCAUCCCCAGAACUUCUCAACCUGCUCAGACUGCAUUCAGCUCUUCAUUUAAGUCCUGCAGACCAAAUGUGGUUUGGAAGACAAAACUUCAUGUAGCUGAACACUGCAGGCAGCUAUUUUAGACACCCUCUUAUCUAAAGUGAUGAUGAAGCUUUGUUCAUUUUUUUCAGUAAGUCAAACUGUGUCCAAAACCACAUCAAGUCUGUGCUUCCUUACUAAAGACAUGGAUGCGAUUUAAGCAGAUUGAAAUUAUUUCCAGGGAUGUGUUUAAAGUAAAGAUUUAUGACUAUGGCCUUCUAGUAUUUGUUAGCAAAAUUAGCAUUAUAGUUACAGUGCUAACUAAAUCCAGGGUAAGUAGAAAAGUGUAUAAUACACAAGUAUAGAGAUCUGGAUAUCAUAACUUUAAACUAUAAACACAGCUCCUCAGUUUCACAAUAAACUGACCCAUGAGGGAGUUCACAGAAAUUUCAGUAAAGAUACAAAACCUACAAAUGACAGCAGCAUAACUACAUGCCGUUUAUAUGAAAGGGAUAGUGCAAUUCAGCUUUUUAUCUAAAAACUAACUAUAUAAAAUGAAUGGCAACAUGUCGUUCACUACAUAAAUAAACAUUUAGAUCACCGUAAGAGAUACGUUACCUUUUAGAUUUUCAUUUCUUGGGGAAUUCAAGAAUCGUGCUGUUUUUUAAACAUGGCACUCGGUUUUGAGGCAAAAAGACUUCUGCCUGUUUGACCUUUCGGAAAGGUUUUUAAACAAAAUCACACAAAAGCCAAUCUUUACUUUUGAUUACAAAUCAAGCAAUAUUAAAUAGUCAAAAGGUGAAUAUGGUUAUACCUAUUACUGUUGUUUAUUAUUUCUAUUCAAUGCUGGUUUUGGGGUAGUUCUAACUUGUGGCACACCAUUUUAUCCAGUUAAUCGUUUAUGAUGACCCAUAAUAAAAUGUUAGAAAUGUACCACUAUGAAUAAUAAAAUACAUUGAAAAUCUU